AUGUGCAGCAUCAACAUUUAACUUGUCUCUACUUCAGCAUGAAAAAUUAUAACACAAUGGUGAUGUUUAUUUUCACAUGAUGAUAGUUGUAAUAUGGUUAGUCUCGAGAUAAAUGAAGAUUUAUUUUAAACAUUAACUGAUGAUGAAGUUUGUUUCAAAACAUAAAUGAUGAUAUGAUAUUGAUAUUAAUUUUGAACAAAAUUGAUGAUGAACAGGAUAAAGAUGAUGGGGCAGUGGGUAAACAGACUGGCUUACAAGCAAACACAAGUACAGACAGACAAGUGGUAUCACCAUGCAAAGUCUCCAAUAUCCUCAAGUCAUUGAGGGCAUACAGGAAAAGAGAAUUUAGACCAAAUCAAAAGGUAUUACAGCACCUUAUGGAGAUGGGCUUUGAUGAAAGGGAUGUAAUAGAUGCCUUACGUGCUACCAGAAAUGAUGGGGAAGCUGCUUGUGAACUACUAAUAAACAACAGGAAGCUACCAUCAGAGGACAUAGACGAGGGGAUAGACCAUGACAGUCCUUUGUUUAAAGCUAUAAUGGCCAACUCCAUUGUACAGCUUGGUUUAAAUAAUCCUAGAUGCUUAUUAGCUUUUAUACAGAUGUUAGAACAUCCGCAAACAGCUAAUCAGUGGCUAAGUGAUGCAGAAACUGCCCCUCUUUUAGUUCAAGUUUCUCGUAUUUACCAUGCUGAAAAACAUUCUCAACAACAACAACAACAUGAAGAACAAGACAGACAACAGAAAAAGUUAAGAUGAUUGGUGUUCUAUGGGAUAUUUGAUUUGUAAUUGUGAAUAAAAAUGAAAUAUAAUGUAACCAAUCAAAGGCUAUAGGAAUCUCAGUAUUGAAUUAGGUUAACAAAAAUGUGGAUAUUAACAUAUAAAUACAUAAAGAAUAGUAAACUAAUUUAAUAUUUAAGUUAUACACUUAUGGUCUAACAGUGGGUCUUCAUUGUAUCAUAAAGUGUUUAUGGGUUGAAAGUUCAUAUAAACAAGACCAACAUUACACUGACUGACACUAUUACAGUGGUCUCCAAGCUUUUCUAAAGGUUAUUUAAGAAAUAAUAUACAGUCAACAUUGUAUUAAGAGACCACUCAAGGAACUGCCAAAAAGUGGUCUCUCAAUAGAAUUCUGGAAAAUUUGAGACUUUUUAUAUUACAAGUCAUAGAUAUAAUAACAUUGUUUUUUAUAAAAACAAAAACUGUACAAUAUUAUGUAUGUAUUACAGUUUCAUGAUUACAUUUAUACCUUUUUAGCUCACCUGUCACAAAGUGACAGGGUGAGCUUUUGUGAUCGCUUUUCGUCCGGCGUCCGUCUGUCCGUCCGUCGUCCGUCCGUAAACUUUUAUUUUAAAUGACAUCUCCUCAUAAACCACUAAGCCAAUUUCAUCCAAACUUAACAGGAAUGUUCAUUUGGUGGUCACCUUUAAAAAUUGUUCAAAGAAUUUAAUUCCAUGCAGAACUCUGGUUGCCAUGGCAACCAAAAGAAAAAACCUAUAUGCAUAUAGUAAAAACUUAAAAAAUCUUUUUAAAGAACUCAAAGAGCUAGAGCUAAGAUAUUUGGCAUGAAACAUGUUCUAAUGGGUGUUUACCAAGUUUGUUCAAAUAAAAGCCCUGGGGUUAAAAUUGGCCCCGCCCCAGGGGGUUAUUGAUUUUCCCUAUAUGCAUAUAGUAAAAACUUAAAAAAUCUUUUUUUAAAGAACUCAAAGAGCUAGAGCUAAGAUAUUUAGCAUGAAACAUGUUCUAAUGGAUGUCUACCAAGUUUGUUCAAAUUAAAGCCUUGGGGUCAAAAUUGGCCCCGCCCCGGGGCUCAUUGAUUUUCCUUAUAUGUUUAUAUAGCAAAAACUUAAAAAUCUUCUUUGAAAAAACCCAAAUAACUAGAGUUAAGCAUGUAAGUGUCUACAAAGUUUGUUCAAAUAAAAGCCCUUGGGUCAAAACUGGCCCCGCCCCAGGGGUGUCAUUGAUUUUCCCUAUAUGCAUAUAGUAAAAACUUAAAAAAUCUUCUUUUAAAGAACCCAUAGAGCUAGAGCUAAGAUAUUUAGCAUGAAACAUCUUCUAAUGAGUGUCUACCAAGUUUGUUCAAAUAAAAGCCCUGGGGUUAAAAUUGGCCCCGCCCCAGGGGGUCAUUGAUUUUCCCUAUAUGCAUAUAGUAAAAACUUAAAAAAUCUUCUUUUAAAGAACCCAAAGAGCUAGAGCUAAGAUAUUUAGCAUGAAACAUGUUCUAAUGGGUGUCUACAAAGUUUGUUCAAAUAAAAGCCCUGGGGUCAAAAUUGGCCCCGCCCCGGGGGUCAUUGAUUUUCCUUAUAUGUGUAUAGCAAAAACUUAAAAAAUCUUCUUUGAAAAAACCCAUAUAGCUAGAGUUUAGAUAUUAAGCAUGAAACAUCUUCUAGUGAGUGUCUACAAAGUGUGUUCAAAUAAAAGCCCUGGGGUCAAAAUUGGCCCCGCCCCAGGGGGUCAUUGAUUUUCCCUAUAUGCAUAUAGUAAAAACUUAAAAAAUCUUCUUUUAAAGAACCCAAAGAGCUAGAGCUAAGAUAUUUAGCAUGAAACAUGUUCUAAUGGGUGUCUACAAAGUUUGUUCAAAUAAAAGCUCUGGGGUCAAAAUUGGCCCCGCCCCGGGGGGUCAUUGAUUUUCCUUAUAUGUGUAUAGCAAAAACUUAAAAAAUCUUCUUUGAAAAACCCCAAAUAGCUAGAGUUUAGAUAUUAAGCAUGAAACAUCUUCUAGUGAGUGUCUACCAAGUUUGUUCAAAUAAAAGCCCUGGGGUCAAAAUUGGCCCCGCCCCAGGGGGUCAUUGAUUUUCCCUUUAUGCAUAUAGUAAAAACUUAAAAAAUCUUCUUUUAAAGAACCCAAAGAGCUAGAGCUAAGAUAUUUAGCAUGAAACAUGUUCUAAUGGGUGUCUACAAAGUUUGUUCAAAUAAAAGCCCUGGGGUCAAAAUUGGCCCCGCCCCGGGGGUCAUUGAUUUUCCUUAUAUGUGUAUAGCAAAAACUUAAAAAUCUUCUUUGAAAAAACCCAUAUAGCUAGAGUUUAGAUAUUAAGCAUGAAACAUCUUCUAGUGAGUGUCUACAAAGUGUGUUCAAAUAAAAGCCCUGGGGUCAAAAUUGGCCCCGCCCCAGGGGUUCAUUGAUUUUCCCUAUAUGCAUAUAGUAAAAACUUAAAAAAUCUUCUUUUAAAGAACCCAAAGAGCUAGAGCUAAGAUAUUUAGCAUGAAACAUGUUCUAAUGGGUGUCUACAAAGUUUCUUCAAAUAAAAGCUCUGGGGUCAAAAUUGGCCCCGCCCCGGGGGGUCAUUGAUUUUCCUUAUAUGUGUAUAGCAAAAACUUAAAAAAUCUUCUUUGAAAAACCCCAAAUAGCUAGAGUUUAGAUAUUAAGCAUGAAACAUCUUCUAGUAAGUGUCUACCAAGUUUGUUCAAAUAAAAGCCCUGGGGUUAAAACUGGUCCCGCCCCAGAGGUGUCAUUGUUUUUAACUAUAUGUGUAUAGUAAAAACUUUAAAAAAUCUUCUUUUAAAAAACCCAAUGAGCUACAGGUUAGAUUUUAAGCAGGAAACAUCUUUUUGUUGGUGUCUACCAAGUUUGUCCAAAUAAAAGCCCUUGGGUUUAAAUUGGCCGUGCCAAAGGGGGGGGGGGGGGGGGCGGAGGUCAUUGUUUUUCAUUAUAUGUGUGUAGUAAAAACUUAACAUCAUGAAACAUCUUCUAAUGGGUGUCUUCCAAGUUUGCUCAAAUAAAAGCCCUGGGGUUUAAACUGGCCCCACUCCGGGAGCCUAUAUACAGGUGAGCGACCUCAGGGCCAUCAUGGCCCUCUUGUUUUAAAAAAAAGUCACCAACAUGUGUUUGUUUUUUAGUAGAAAUUUGUGUACAAAUGUGAUCUACGCUCAUAAUACUAUCAACAGGUCACUUUGACCAUGAAACAAAGCAUAUUGUCUUAUAUUGUUAAUAUUUUCAUACACAUCUCCUGCUGAACAUACUUUCGAAUCAUCAGCCAGAGCUCCAGAUAAUUUUUCAUGCAAUGAGUUUUAAACUUUUUGAAUUUUUCGGCAAUUAGUUUUUAGCUUGACUUUUUUUUUUUUUUUUGAAAAAAAAGGUAGAGGUAUUGUUAUAGUCAGGUCGGCGUUGCCGUUGCCGUCCGAAAACUUGUACCUGGAUCAUAACUUUUUUAUUUCUUGGUGUAUUGUCUUCAUACUUGGCCACAACAACCCUUGGGACAAGACCUUUCAGUAGACCACACUAACCUUGACCUUCAUCCAUAAAUGACCUUGACCUUCAAGGUUAAAAGUCCAAUUUUUGCUUGUUCAUGCUGUUAUUGGCUGUAACUUUGUUAUUUUUGAAUGGAUUGUCUUCAAACUUGAACAUAAUAAUCUUCAAGGAUAGCCCUUAAAAAUAACCAGUCAGACCUUGACCUUCACUCAUAAAUGACCUUGACUUUGAAGGUCAAAUGAUUGAAAUUUUCAUUUUUUUGGCUAUUAUUGGCUGUAACUUUGUUAUUUUUGAAUGGAUUGUCUUGAAACUUGAACAUAAUAAUCUUCAAAGAUAACUGUUAAAAAUAUACCGAAAGACCUUAACCUUCACUCAUUAAUGACAUUGUCUUUGAAGGUCAAAUUAUUGAAAUUUUCAUUGUUUUGGCUGUAACUUACUGUAACUUUGCUAUUAUUGAAGGGAUCAACUUCAUAUUAUAACAGAACAUUCUUAAAGACCAGACCUUGUUGUUUAAUUACCUUGACCUUGAAGGUUAAAUUACUGAAUUUUCUCAGAUUUGUGCAUUAAAUGACCAUAUAUGUCUACAUUAUUGGUGUGUGUGUGUGUAUAUAUAGAUAUCUAUCAUCAUCAUCAUCAACAACAAUGUGUAUCUAUUUAUAGAAUUGCGUGUUUCUAUUUUUAGAAUUGCGUGUUUCUAUUUAUAGAAUUGCUUGUUUCUAUUUAUAGAAUUGCGUGUCGCUAUUUAUUGAAUUGCAUGUUUAUAUUUUUAGAAUUGCGUGUUUCUAUUUUUAGAAUUGCAUGUUUUUCAUUUUAGAAUUGCGUGUUACUAAUUAUAGAAUUGCGUGUUACUAUUUUUAGAAUUGCAUGUUUCUAUUUUUAGAAUUGCGUGUUUCUAUUUUUAGCUCACCUGUCACAAAGUGACAGGAUGAGCUUUUGUGAUCGCUUUUCGUCCGGCGUCCGUCCGUCCGUAAACUUUUACUUUAAAUGACAUCUCCUCAUAAACCACUAAGCCAAAUUCAUCCAAACCUCACAGGAAUGUUCCUUUGGUGGUCACCUUUAAAAAUUGUUCAAAGAAUUUAAUUCCAUGCAGAACUCUGGUUGCCAUGGCAACCGAAAGAAAAAACUUAAAAUAUCUUCUUUUAAAAAACC